UCUAUCCCUCUCUUCCCCAUAGUUUUCUAAAGUUCUGUUUGCCAUGGUGGUAGGUAAAAUAAAUUCCAGUCACGUCUCUGAUAAAAUGCUUUUCUAAUGAUAUAGGCUCAUAUACAAGGCGUAGACCUUCCACAUGAACGAGGCGUAUUGAAGAUGAGCCAGGCUGAACAGACUAACUACGCAGUGGUUCUCUCACUGGACAGUGUACUAUUGUCUGUAGUAAACACAGCUUAUAAAGAAUACAGAGAAUUGAUGGUUGUAAGUGUGUCAAACUGCCCUGCUAUUUGGGAAGUGGAGGUGAACAGCAAAUGGAAGCUUCUCAAUGUUGAACUACAGACUUGGCUUGAAGAACGCUGGAAGAACAAAAGUGUGCAAGUAAAUCUUUAUGAACAGAUUGAGGCCGAUCUGUCCAAAAUGACCAUGACUAAACCUUACAUGGGAGCAUUGCGACGUACUUAUUCCCCAGCUUUGUGGAUUCUCUAUCGUCAGUCAGUAAACCACAAAGCCAUACAUCUUAAAAUCCAAAGACUGCAAGUGGACAAUCAAUUACCAGAUGCUUACUUCCCAACUGUUCUUUACCCAUUGCCAGUCCCUGCUUAUAUCCUUAAAAAGGUUGGCCCUAAACCAUUCAUAGAGUUUGUGGCUAUGCGACAGACAAUUCCAGAAAAAAAUGUUGACAGUAUGAGGAAUAUAAAACUAUUGAUCCAGGAGUUCAAUCUUAAACUUGACAAAGGAUUCAUGUUGUCUGUACUUGAUAUGGUUGACUGGAACUUUGAUCCUGGGGAGACCUCCAACUUCCAGUCUGAUUUGAUCCUUUCUCAGCGAUCUUUACAAGAAGUGGCAUGUAUUUCUGUAAGUAUCUAAGAACCUUUUUGUAUCAUUAUAAAAUUGUGACAUUUUAUCUACUGU